AUGCUUGUUUUGAGCCGGCCGACUCCGAAGCCCAUUUCGAUUCCUGUGAAGCAAUCGAUCGAGCAGCAAGAAAACAAGGAAAAAGGUGCUGUUGUUUUUUCUGUGACGCCACCGGAUCAAUCAAGGUCGGAUCUUGAACCGGAUUUAAUAUCGCUUCGUCCACAGGGACGAACUGGGUCAGCUCCGGCGAUUUCUUCGUCUCCUUUGCCGUCUCCGGUGUCUCCGUUGAUUUCUCCGGUGAAGACUAACCGUUUCGUGCCGCCGCACCUUAGGCCGGGUUUUGUGGGCAAGCAGGAGAAGCCUGGGCCGGAAGUUGUGAAGGGUGGACAAACUGGAGGUUCUAAGGGUAGACAGGAUUUUGGCGGACAUCGUCCUUCUCCGGUUCAGGAUCCGGGGCACUACGGAUCAUCUGCUAACCGUUUCGGGGAAGACGGGAGGCCGAAAUCUGGAGGCCCGGUUCAAGUGGGAACCGGCCCAGUUCCAGUGGAUGAUGCAUUUCACUCAGCCAAGCUCCUUGUGGCAGAUGCUGAAAAAGAAUUCUUGAGCAGUUUGAUUCUCACCAUGAACAGCCAUUAUAGUCAGCGCUGGGGUUGUCGUUGA